AAUAAACCUAAACCAAAACGAAUGUGAAAUGAAUAAUGUAGAAAUGUUAUAAAGAAUCGUUACUUUUUUUUCAAUCCUACGAGCAUGUUCGAAUUCGAAGAAUAAAUGUAAAAGACAAAAACACCAUUACCGACGUCUUUGAUCGUCUCUACAAUAACCUUUGUUGUUGUUGUUGUUGUUUUUAUUGAAUCGAAAAUUUUCCCAUUUUGUUCGGUACCAUUGUUUUUUUUUGGUGAUCCAAUCAUUAUGAAUUAUCAACAACACGAUCUAAGACAUACGAAACGUUUCCAAAUGAAAUCAUUAUUGUUACAUAUUCUGUUUCCAAUUCGUAUCAUUGUCUGUGUGACAUUGGCCAUUUUAUCCUAUUGUCAUUGGAUUGAUGUGGCUAAUAAAGCCGAUAAAGGUAGUGAUGAAUCACGUAUUGCUGGUAAACUUCUUUAUAUUACAUUAUUUGCUAUUGUUAUAUUUUUGGCAUCAUUAUUCGGUUGGUUCGGUGUUAUACGACGUAAUUGGUCAUUAGCCGUAGCAUUCAAUGGAACGGCAAUGUUAAUCAUAAUGAUUGAUAUCUAUAUGACAAUAUUUGAUAUACAAUUCUAUUUGAUUGCAUUGAUUAUCACUGUUUUGUUGCUUAUCGUCAAUAUAUUUUUAUCAAUCGAUUUGGAUGGUAUUCGUAAACAAGAAGAUUUAAUUCGUCGUGCACGUAUUGAAGAACAUAAUCGGCGAAGAAAAUUGGCACAAAUGGAACAACAACAACAGUAUUAUAAAUCAUUGAAUUUGAUUCCUGAUUCGAAUUGAAAAUUGAAAUGAAAACAAAAAUCGACUAUUGUCACUCAUAUGACAUGGAAAUAGUGUUUUGUUUAUUUAAAUCUGAAAAAUUUGAUUAAAAGCAACAAAUUAAUAAAUAAAUAAAAGAAAAUCUGAA